UUUUCAGUUUCCAAGUUUCGCUGGUGUAACAGAACAGCAAGGAGAGGAGAGGAGCACUGAGCAGAGAGAAUGUCGCAGGGAGCGGAGGCAGAUAAGAAGCCUGGCGCCGGGGCCGGAGCCGGAGGCGAUCAGUCUGCUCACAUCAACCUUAAAGUCAAAGGACAGGAUGGCAACGAGGUCUUCUUUAGGAUCAAAAGAAGCACUCAACUGAAGAAGCUCAUGAAUGCAUAUUGUGAUCGACAGUCGGUUGAUUUCAACUCUAUAGCUUUCCUGUUUGAUGGGCGCCGUCUUCGAGCAGAGCAGACUCCAGAUGAGCUGGAGAUGGAAGAUGGUGAUGAAAUCGAUGCAAUGCUUCAUCAAACUGGAGGGAACCUCUAAGCUUUCUAUACUUCUUGCUGGAGAUAGCAUAUGUUGAUGUUUGAAGUUUCACUGACAUUAGUGAAUUUCGUAGGUUAUGCAUAACCUGGGGUUGUGUAGUAGUUUAUUAUUGAAGCAAUGAUGAUAUGGUUUGCUCAAGUGGCCUGAGCCUACCUUGAAUUUAAAAUGUCGAGUGUUUCUUGCAAUGUAUCAAGACCUAACAGAUUGCUUUGGUAUCUCUUCUGCUUAAUCGAAAACAUAUAAUUAGAUAUAUUAAUGACC